UGAUUUCCUGCUGAAUUUUAAUAUGGGAUGGAUUCGCCAACAUCUGAUGUGCUUUUGCUCAGUGAAGACGACAGCGGUCUUUUGGUCAACGGUUCGUUUUCAAACAGUUCCGCCAGUAGUAGUUCUAACAAGCAUUCACCACAAUUCAAAUUUAAAGAAUGUGAUGAUGAGUUAUCAUUAAGUCAAGAAGAUUCUCUAAUCGACGAUUCUGAUACAUCAUACACACAACAGUUUAACACAUUGAAAAAAUGUCCUAGUAUUCAAAAAUCAGAGAAUCCAAUUCAGCCUCCUGUUGAAUUUCAAGACUCUCCAUGCAAUUCUUUUAAUGUUUACUCUCCUCCAUUUGAAUUUAAAGACAAUCAAUGUAGACACGUCUGUUCUCCUGUCUACACUAAUGAAUGUAUGAUUCGUGUUGAACAAUAUGCUGAUGGUUUUAUAAAGUCGUUGAUUAUUGACUCUCUGAAACACUUAGAUCCAUUGCAUGAUACUAGGCACUUUAAACAACAAAAACUGUAUCAUAAUUUAGGCAUUUAUUGGAAGACUAAUUAUCGCUUGCCAAAUGGAUCAAACAAUUCUUUGUUAUCAACUAUUUCAUCAUCUCAUAACUCCUUAUUUAAUGUAGUUUCUUCUGAUGAUUCUAACUUUAUAUCUUCUGCGGUUUCACAUGAUGCUCUUAAUAGUGAUACGUAUACAUUACCAAUCGAUAGUUCCCCGUUUAAUGUCGCUUUUCGACGACCAUUGAGAAAAAAGAGAAAAUUUCGUGAUCAGUGCCAUUCCGUACCACUUAGUAAAAAACCAGGGGAAAAAUGUAUCAAUGUCCAAGAGCCCAUACACAUGACUGUAAAAGAUGUACGAACAAUUCUUCACAAUAUUUAUAGCAAUACAGGAGAAUGUAGCAAACCUGAAGUUUCAAAUGUAUCAAAAUGCAAUGAUGUUCAAAAUGAUCACAACAAAGAAAACUGUGUUAGCAAAGUAUCAUCAUCUAAAUGCAAAAUCAGAAAAAAAUCAUUUAUGGUGAAUAUCAAACAUAAGAAAGCCAAGGAGAGUAGCACUACAGAAGAUAUUGGUGGUCAUAGUUCUAGUCAUUCAACGAGAAAAAUCUUUUGUUCUUCUCCAUUUAUUUCGUCAACAAAAUCCAACUUUUCUUUUAGUUUAAAGCAAACUUUUUGUAAUAUUUUUCGAUCACGUAAAAGUACAUCAACAGACUUGGAUCCUGGAUUGAACCCAACAGACACUGUUGUUCUUGUAGAUGUAACUAAAGAGACAACAUUUGAAAAGCGUGCACUUCCACCAGUGCCUGAUGAUGGGCCCAGAGAUACAUACGAACGAGAGACCAGUAUGGAUUUUGCCACUAGCAUUGAAAAAGUGAAAAGACAGUAUGGAUGGUAUUGGGGUCCAACAUCAGGAGAAGCUGCUGAAAAAAUACUGUCAAAUGAACCCGAUGGAUCAUUUAUUGUACGUGACAGUAGUGAUGAUCACUAUAUAUUUUCAUUGACAUUUAAGUUGAAUGGUUUUGUUCGACAUGUCAGAAUCGAGCACGAUCAAGGAAAUUUUAGUUUUGGUAGCUGUACAAAAUUUAAAAGUCACACUAUCGUUGAAUUUGUUGAAAAUGCUGUAGAACAUUCUCGUAGUGGAAGGUAUUUGUUCUUUUUGCAUAGGCGUCCAAUUCUUGGACCAAUGAGAGUACAGUUACUUCAUCCUGUCUCUCGAUUCAAACAAGUCCAAAGCUUGCAACACAUGGCCAGAUUUGUCAUUUUGAAGACAGUGCGUCGAGAUUUGAUCCACAAAUUGCCAUUACCCAGACGACUGAUUGAUUAUUUAAAUACGCCACAUUAUUAUUGUGAACAACUGGGCAGCUCUGAUAGUAGCCAAUCAACAACUCCUACUCCAGCUGUACAUCUAAUAUCAUUUACACCACCUUAAAUUUACUGAUUCCUCAUUAGAAAUGUAUGUUAUUAGUAAAUAAAUACACUCUUCAAAUAAAUUAACUUUUAGCAAGACAUAUUUAAAAAUUAAACUAUUAAAACACUCAUAACCAUGUGUAUUCAUAUUAUUUCAUAUACAGUAACAGUUGUUAAGUAAUUUGACAAUUCAACUAUUUAGAGUUACAACUUACACAAUUAUGUCAUGAAACAAUAUAUAAUAACUACAUUUUUAUUAUACAAAUAAAAUAACUAUUAUUACAUAAUAUUUAAUAGUGUGAAAGCAUAAUUAAGAGCUUAAAUUAAUGUUCAACCGUGAUUUAUUUAUUUUUUAAUCUGGAAUUCUUUACACCAGAUUAGAUUGAUCCUGUUAUAGAGACUUUUAGUUGAGUUUAUAAUGUAUGAUUAUUUAUUUUUAUACUUAGGGCCACUAACAUUGUAUUGAUUUUGUAAUAAUAUCCUGUACUUAAUGUAGUAUUAACUUUGUCAUUUUCUUACUAGUUAAUCAAUUUAAUUUCAAGAUUAAACAUUUAAAUUGAAUAAUUACUAUCUAAAAUGAUGAGGAAAAAUUGUAUAUUGUUAAAAAAAAAAUGAAAAUGUGUAUCAAUUAUUGUAUUCACUCAUUAUACAUUUAGCAAUAAAAAUAAUUAAGUUAUUGAACAAUAUAACAUUUAUAUCAUUCUUUAACUGUAAUUAUUGUAUUGGUAAAUGUUUGUGUAUACAUCAUACUCAGAAUAAACGAUUUAAUACAUUGUGUGAAAAAGCAAUUAUUACAUACAAAAGUUGAUGCAUUGUAAAAUUCUUGGUUUAUUUAAUUAUAACUUUUAUUUGUUGAACAAUGAAUGAAUUAAUAUUACAUUUUAACAAACAUUUAAAAAACCAAAACGAAAAUAAAAAUAGUUAACAGUUUAUAACAUUUUAAUUUUAAUUCACAUAUAAUAUUUAAUAAUUCUUAAUUAGUUCUUACAAAAUCAUUAAAAUACUAUAAUACAUACAUCGCUUUUCGUACAAAAACAAAACUGAAAAGUUUGUUUCAAAUACCAUGAAAAUUAUAACUAUUUCUUCACGUUUUAAAUAUUUUUAAUAUUUAAGAAUAAAUGUAAAACAGAAAAACAAUUUAUAUUAUCUAUCUAGUGUUGUAUUUUUUUUAUUUUUUUUUUUUUUUUGUUACCUAUUUUUAAGUAACUAAUUGUGAUUUUAGAGUUAACUCUAUUUUAAUAAUUAAUGUAUAAAUGUUUGACUACGUACAUUUUUUUUAGCUCAGCAUUAAGCAUAAGUCAAAGACUCAUUGUGUGAAAUACACGACUUGUAGAUAAUAUAUAUAAUAUUUAAUUUUGUUUGAUGAUUUUAAUAAAAUAAGAAAAAUAAAAACUAAAUAUUAUGUAUUAGCCAGUUAAAUUAUUUGUUUUUUUUUUUUUUUUUUUUACGAACAAAAUUAAUACUUGUGGAAAUUGUAACACAAGCUGAAAGAUAGAGGAUUUGUAACAAAUCAAUAAACCAUUUCAUAAACUA